UCAACCACAUCAGCAGCUAGGAUGUCUGACCGUAAUGGUCUUGGUCCUCACAAGCAUGUUGCUGGUCCAAAGUCGUUUUUACAAAUAGAGCAAGAGAUGGAAGUUGAAUUGGGAAGACCUCCUACUAUUGGUGAAGUUUUCAUCAGGACUCAUACCAAGAAGGAUGGGACUUUUGUGGAUAGGAAGGCGCAGGAAGUCCAUGAAACAUAUCUCAAGAACAAGGCAGCUAAGUUGGCUGCCCUUCAAGAGAAUGAUGAACAAGCAGAUGGGACUUCGCGACGAUCUGAGCUAUCUCAAGAGGAGGAUGAUGAGAUCUUCCUUCAGUCUACUAUCACAAACGACAGAGGAGAAUACUUUGGUGUUGGCAGCCUCGGGGUUUACAUCAACGGGAAGCGCAAGUACCCAGGAAGCAGUUCUUCUUUCACAACACUCCAAUCACAGCUUGAGGAUGCUAACCGGAAGAUUGAGGAACAAGCAGCGCUCCAAGCAGAACGUGAAGCAGAGGCUUUGCGGGUCGCAGCUGAGCAAGCAGCUGAGAUCAAGCAUUUGGCGAUGGUGAAGAAGUAUUUGAGCGAGACUGACCCAAAGUUUAUGGCCUUCCUCAAGUCUCAAUCUGCUGCCACUGAUACUACUACUGCUGCCACGACUGCUGCCACUGCUGCUGCCACUGCUGCUGCCACGACUGCUGCCACUGCUGCUGCCACGACUGCUGCUACUACUGCUACUAUUCCUACUGCUCAACAACCAUAGGUCCCUCCUUCUCUAAACUUUCCCUCCUUCUCUGAACUUGAAAACAUUUGUGUUGCUUUGAAAACUUGUGUAAGUUGUUUGGUUACUUGAACUUGGUUCUUAUGUUUAUGUAUGUUUAUGUUGUGGUUUAUUUUAUAAUGUUCUUAUGUUUUAAAUAGAAGUCUUUUUGCUUAUAAAUUGGUAAUAACAAUCAAAUUAGCAACAAUUUAUUCUUCCAAAAUUAGCAUUCUAAGUCGAUAAUAAUCAGUCGCAAAGUAGUAUCAAUUCAGUUACCAAAACAUUUAGAAAAUAGUCGCCAUGUAGUGACAUAACAGUCGCUAGAUUCGUCACAAAACAGUCGCCAAAAGAGUCGCAAACUUAGCGACUGUGUGACGACUGAAUAGCGACUGCAAAUAAUGGUCGCCUAUUAGUCGCCAAAUAGCGACUGUUAUGCGACAUAUUAAU